CAGAACUACAGCGUGGCGGUCCGUCCCUCCAUGAACCUGUCCAACCCCAUCCAGGUCAAGUUUGGUAUCGCCCUGUCACAGAUCAUAGACAUGGACGAGAGGAACCAGAUUCUAACGGCGUACGUGUGGCUCAGAAUGCGUUGGAACGACUGCAGUCUGAAGUGGAACCCGGCUGAGUACGACGGUCUGGCCGAACUGAGGAUCCCGUCUACUCACGUCUGGAAACCUGACAUCGUGCUGUACAACAAUGCGGAUGACCAGUUCACCAGCCGAAUGGAGACGAACGUGGUGCUGAGCCACACCGGGGACAUCUACUGGGACUCCCCGGCCAUCACUAAGAGCUCCUGCGAGGUCGACGUCUCGUACUUCCCGUUUGACUACCAGAACUGCCGCGUCACCUUCGGCUCGUGGACAUACACCAUGUACCAGCUGGAAGUAGUGGCUGAGUCGGAGGAGGGUGACCUGCAGGACUACAUCCCUAACGUGGAGUGGGACGUGCUGGGCAUGCCGGCAUUCCGGAAUCUUGUCUUCUACGGCUGCUGUCCGGAUCCCUUUCCGGAUGUAACGUACAGCCUCAAGCUGCAGAGGAAGUCGCUGUUCUACAUCAUAAACCUGAUCGUCCCGUGCGUGCUGAUCUCCCUCCUGGCGCCCUUCAGCUUCUACCUGCCGGCUAACUCCGGGGAGAAGGUGUCCCUGGGGGUGACCGUCCUGCUGGCGCUCACCGUGUUCCAGCUGCUGGUGGCCGAGUCCAUGCCGCCGUCAGAGAACAUCCCCCUUAUAGGUAAAUACUACAUCGUGACCAUGACGCUGAUGUCCCUGUCCACUGCUAUGACCAUCUUCGUGAUGAACGUCCACCACUGCGGGCCUGACCGCCGCCCGGUCCCGCGCUGGGUCCGCCGCCUCUUCCUGGACGCCAUUGCGCCGAUCCUGGUGGGGGAGGCCGGCGGGCGGAAGGGCAGCGUCAGCCCGAGCGGCACCAGCGACACGCCGGUCGACCCCGCCGAGGACACCGUCCACACCGUCAUGGACGAGUGCGAGCUCCGCAACCAGAAGGGACACGGCAUGUCGAACGGGGUGGUCGCCCCCGCCCUGGCGCGGAACCUCCCCCGUCUCAGCUUCACGGGCUUCGACACCUGCAAGGCCUCGUUCCUCACCGACGACGUCCUCCGGGCGAGAAACCUGGCGGCUGACGCUAGUACUGCACUCAACAAAUCCGAACUCACUGGAAUCGCUAAGAACGUAGACCGUGUAGCCACGUACAUACACGAACGAGCCCAGGAACGGGAGAUACAGGGAGACUGGGCUAAGGUUGCUAAAGUGAUCGAUCGUAUUUUCAUGUGGAUUUUCAUCUUUGUUGGUGCGAUCAUCAGCAUUCUCAUACUCACUAAAGUUAUCUAGAUCCCCGAGCACCUACAACAUCCUACA